AUGAAUGCCAUUUUCUCCAAUAAACGUUUUGGGAGAAAAUAUCUUUCUGCCCGAAUCAACGAUCAUCCGGUUGAAUUUCAAUUGGAUUGCGCCGCUGAUCUCUCCAUGAUUUCGAGGGAUACUUGGGUGGCUAUCGGACGCCCACCACUCACGGCAUCCACCAUCACCGUCAGAGAUGCACAGGCAGGAGAAAUUCCAGUCGAAGGCGAAUUUCAAUGUCGCAUCACACUUCUGGGCAAGGAAAUUUGUGGAAGAUGCAUCGUAUCCAGCAGUACGCACUCCAAUCUCUUUGGAAUUGAGUGGAUAGAGGACUUAGGUUUGUGGGAUUUGGCUCCAAAUGCCUUCUGCAACACUGUGAAACGCGAUCUCGACACUACGCAGGCUGUCCGGGAACUUCAGGCUAAGUUUCCCAUCGUGUUCAGUCCAGAAAUGGGGCUCUGUACUGAAGCUUCAGGCACUAUCCAUCUCAAGAGCGACGCCACGCCGAUUUUCCGACCCAAACGCCCAGUAGCUUUCCACAUGGCAAGCAUCAUUGAUGAGGAACUUGAGCGUCUACAAUCUUCCGGAAUCAUCACACCGGUUGAAUUCUCUCAAUGGGCAGCGCCAAUCGUAGUCGCACGCAAACCGAACGGCAAGAUCAGGAUUUGUGGUGAUUAUUCCACCGGUUUGAAUGAAUCCGUGGAAACCAACAACUACCCAAUCCCGGAUCCGGAUAGUCUGUUCAGCCGUCUAUCUGGAAAUAAGAUCUUUAGUCACGUUGAUCUCUCGGAUGCCUACCUUCAAAUACCUGUCGACGAAGAGUCAUCGAAGUUGCUCACGAUCCACACCCACCGUGGAUUAUUUCGCUUCAAUCGUCUGCCUCCGGGAAUCCGCAGCGCGCCAGGAAUUUUCCAGGAGAUCGUCGAACGGAUGUUGCAAGGCAUCCCGGGUGUCAUUUCGUAUUUCGAUGACAUCUGUGUGGCCAGCACGAAUGCUGAAGAACAUUUUUCCACGCUGCAAGCUGUUUUCCAGCGCCUGCAGGACUUCAAUUUUCGCGUCAAACUGGAAAAAUACCAAGAAGGGCUCCAUCCUGACCCAGCAAAAGUUGAGGCCAUCAACAAUAUGCCCGCGCCACGAAACGUACAGGAACUCCGCAGCUUCCUUGGUGCUGUGCAAUUUUGGGGUAAAUUUGUGGAUUCCAUGAGCCAUAUUCGUGUACCCCUUGAUCGCCUCCUCAAGAAGAAUGUCCGUUGGAAUUGGUCACGGGAAUGCGAAAACUCUUUCCAGCGCUUCAAGGAGAUUCUCAAGUCUGACUUACUCCUGACGCAUUACAACCCGAAACUUCCUAUACUUGUUGCCUCUGACGCAUCGUCCUACGCCAUCGGAUGUGUUGCAUACCAUGAGUUCCCUGAUGGUAGUCUCAAAGCCUUCUAUCAUGCGUCCCGGAAGCUUACUGACACUGAGGCAAAGUACAGUCAGGUGGAAAAAGAGGGUCUUGGGUUAACAUUCGCUGUGAAAAAGUUUCAUAGAUUCAUCUAUGGUCGCAAAUUUACCUUGCUUACCGAUCACAAACCGCUGGUCUCCAUCUUCGGAAGCAAGAAAGGCAUCCCCGUGCACACGGCGAAUAGACUCCAACGAUGGGCAUUGAUCCUCCUUGGCUACGAAUUCGACAUCAAGUACACAGCCACUGGACAAUUUGGGCAUGCAGACGUGCUCUCUCGACUCAUUUCUUCGCAACGCCGUCGCCAAGAAGAUGAGGUUAUCAUAGCCCUGAUCGACGCAGAUGUUUCCAUCGAUAGCGAAAUUGCACGAGACGUAGCAUCUCAUCUCCCUGUCGACUUCAAGAUGAUCCAACGCGCUUCACAGACGUCGCCCGCUCUACAAGAAGUUGCGAGAUACAUCACUGGGGGAUGGCCGUCGUCACGGAACGCCAUACAAUCUGGGGAAGUAUCAAAAUUCUAUAAGAUUCGUGAUGCUCUCUCGUUGAUCAAGGGUUGUGUAUUUUACAGGGAGAGGCUGGUGAUUCCUGAGGCUUUCCGGACAAAAGUACUGACGCAACUGCAUGAAGCUCACCCAGGCAUGGCUCGAAUGAAAUCCUUAGCCAGAGGAUAUGUGUUUUGGCCUGGGAUGGACAGCGCUAUCGAGCAUCGUGUCCGGAAUUGCCAGGAAUGUGCCACCGCCAGCAAAACUCCCGUAAAGUCGCACCUUGCGUCAUGGCCAUUGACUUCGCGAUGUUGGCAACGCAUUCAUAUCGACUACGCGAAGUACAAAAACGAUUAUUACCUUCUCAUUGUGGAUGCAUUCUCCAAAUGGCCCGAAGUUUACAAAACGUCGUCGAUGACUACUGCUGUCACCGUUGCGAGGCUCCGUGAGUGUUUUGCUCGCCAUGGACUACCGGAGAUUCUCGUGAGCGACAACGGGACCCAGUUCACGAACGCAGCCUUCGCGGACUACUGCAAGCAGAAUGGCAUCAAACACAUUAGAACUGCGCCCUAUUCUCCGGCCAGCAAUGGCCAAUGUGAGCGUUUUGUCGACACGCUUAAGCGCUCCUUGGAGAAACAGAAAUCCUUACCUGUUGAUGUUGCACUUCAGCAAUUUUUGGCAAAUUAUCGCGUCACCCCGAAUGAAAAUUCGCCUCAAGGAAAGUCCCCGUCGGAGGUGAUUUUUGGUCGAAAAGUGCACAUUGUUUUGGAUUUGCUGAAGGUGCCCUCUGAUGAACCAAUACGACGCAAUGAGAAGAUGGAAGCACAAUAUAACCGUCACCACGGAACCAAGGCACGCUCCUUCGCGAGGGGGGAGGAGGUUUACGCCAAAAUAUUCGCGAAAGGAGGCGUGAAAUUCACUUGGACACCUGGAAAAAUUAUUGAGAGACGAGGUUCAGCUGUCUACAAUGUGAGGUUAUGUAAUGGCACACUUAUACGCUCUCACAUCAACCAGUUGAAGCGCAGAUUCUCCGAUGAGAAUAGAGACUCUGGCUCUCUGCCGCUCCCAACAACUUCUCGCAACUCUCACCAAUACAACACGCGAUCCCAUUCACGACAAAUUCAGUCUCCCGCUACGCAACGCACUCCAUUGAGACCGAAGACUGAACGGCUUUCGGAUCCGAUCGUGAUAUCGUCGGGAUCUUCGUACGGCACAUUGAGUAACGCGGAUGAAUCUCUAUUGAGUCCAGUGAGAGAAAUUCAUUCACAAUCUGAUUCUCCUGGAACUCCAUUGAACUCCGUAUCCGACUCACAAGGAGCUGUUGGCCCAGCACUCACUCCACGUACACCAGACGCACCGACACAACGACCACCUUCACAGACACCGAUCUACCGUAGACUGCGCACGCGACGAAAUGUACAGAAGCGUCUUAGCGAUCACUACUGA